CAGCCGCGGCGCGGGGUUCGGGGCUCGGGGCGCGCAGGCGCCGCGGGCGUGGGGCCGCGCAGGCGCGGACGGCGUUGGUCCGAAGAAGACCUUCAGCGGUGCCCUGGCGGAGCGGACAGGCCCCUCCUAGCGGAGCGGACGGGCCCUCCGGUCGGAGAUAUGUGUAACACACCGACUUACUGUGACCUAGGAAAGGCUGCCAAAGAUGUCUUCAACAAAGGAUAUGGAUUUGGCAUGGUCAAAAUAGAUCUGAGAACCAAGUCAUGUAGUGGAGUGGAAUUUUCUACUUCUGGUCAUGCUUACACUGAUACAGGGAAAGCAUCAGGCAACCUAGAGACCAAAUACAAGAUCUGUAACUAUGGGCUGACCUUCACCCAGAAGUGGAACACAGACAAUACUCUUGGGACAGAAAUCUCUUGGGAGAAUAAGUUGGCUGAAGGGUUGAAACUGACUCUUGAUACCAUAUUUGUACCGAACACAGGAAAGAAGAGUGGGAAAUUGAAGGCCUCAUAUAAACGGGAUUGUUUCAGUCUUGGCAGUAAUGUUGAUAUAGAUUUUUCAGGACCAACCAUCUAUGGCUGGGCUGUGUUGGCCUUUGAAGGUUGGCUUGCUGGCUAUCAGAUGAGUUUUGACACAGCCAAAUCCAAACUGUCACAGAAUAAUUUCGCCCUGGGUUACAAGGCCGCAGACUUCCAGCUGCACACUCAUGUGAAUGAUGGCACUGAAUUUGGAGGGUCAAUCUACCAGAAGGUGAAUGAGAAGAUUGAAACGUCGAUAAACCUCGCGUGGACAGCCGGCAGUAACAACACCCGCUUCGGCAUCGCUGCUAAGUACAAGCUGGACUGUAGAACUUCUCUCUCUGCUAAAGUAAACAAUGCCAGCCUGAUUGGACUGGGUUACACUCAGACCCUUCGACCAGGAGUGAAGCUGACGCUGUCGGCUCUGAUCGAUGGGAAGAACUUCAAUGCAGGAGGGCACAAGGUCGGUCUGGGAUUUGAACUAGAAGCUUAAUGUGGUUUUGAAUAAAGCAUCAGCUUUGUCCCUGGAGGUGAAGAGAAAUGAACCCACUAUGUUUUGGCCUUAAAAUUCUUCUGUGAAAUUUCAAAAGUGUGAACUUUUUAUUCUUCCAAAGAAUUGUACUCCUCCCCACACUGAAGCUUAGGUACCGAGUCCAUCCUAAGGGAGGUGCUUGAAGGCAUGCCCGGAAGUUGUCACGUUUGUGCCACAUUUCAGUUCAGUUCCGCAGUGUUUUUUUCAAUGUGUUCCUCAGCGACGGUGUAGUGUCAUGUUCAAAGGAGACGACCCGACCCUCCAGUUGUCCAUCACGUCCUGCAUGUCCCACACCACUUUUUCAUGACCUUGUAAUAUAUUGGUCUCUGUACGGUAGUAGCAUCUUUGGUUUUGCAUCAGAGUAAAAUAAAAUAAACCCAUCACAUUUGGAACAUAAA